GUCCUUCUCCCAUUCCAAUCCCAAAGUUCCGAUCUCGAAAUCCCCAAAUUUUCCUCACUCGACCCCGAUCUCCAGAUGGCGAGAACGAAACAGACCGCUCGCAAGUCCACCGGCGGGAAGGCACCGAGGAAGCAACUGGCGACGAAGGCGGCGAGGAAGUCGGCGCCCGCGACCGGCGGCGUGAAGAAGCCCCAUCGUUUUCGCCCCGGGACGGUGGCCUUAAGGGAGAUCCGCAAGUACCAGAAGAGCACGGAGCUCCUCAUCCGGAAGCUGCCUUUCCAGAGGCUGGUGCGGGAGAUCGCGCAAGACUUCAAGACGGACCUCCGGUUCCAAAGCUCCGCCGUGUCGGCCCUCCAGGAGGCGGCGGAGGCCUACCUCGUCGGCCUCUUCGAGGAUACCAAUCUCUGCGCGAUCCACGCCAAGAGGGUGACCAUCAUGCCCAAGGACAUCCAGCUCGCGCGCAGGAUCCGCGGGGAGAGGGCUUGAUGCGCCUUUCUUCCUUGGGGUUUCGUUUCCUACCGUUUCACUUCUUUCUUGUGAUGCACAGAGGGAAGAACGGGGGCUCGAUUUGCC